CACCGGCAGAGCGAGACAGACGGCGCCAGAGGAGAGAGGCACGUUGUUAGUGGCAUUUCACGUCAUUUCUUUCGUCAAAAUCAGACAGUUUCUUCACAAAGAAAGAACAAAAGUGAGGAGGAUCCCCAAACGACACCGGGGAGACAUGCAGCCGGCGGCGAGACUGACUUUGCCGCUUCUUCUAGUGGUUUUGACAACACAAGGCUGCUUCUCCUCCAAAGCCGAGGACCGGCUGUUCAGGAAACUGUUCAGAAGAUAUAACCAGUUCAUCAGACCCGUGGAGAAUGUCUCUGACCCCGUCACCGUGGAGUUUGAGGUUUCUAUUUCGCAGCUGGUCAAAGUUGAUGAAGUGAAUCAGAUCAUGGAAACUAAUUUAUGGCUCAGACAUAUUUGGAAUGACUACAAGCUGCGAUGGGUGCCCGCUGAGUUUGACGGCAUUGAGUUCAUUAGAGUUCCAUCAAACAAGAUCUGGAGGCCUGACAUCGUUCUCUACAACAAUGCUGUAGGUGAUUUCCUUGUGGAGGAUAAGACCAAGGCUCUGCUGAAGUUUGAUGGUACCAUCACCUGGGUUCCUCCUGCCAUUUUUAAAUCCUCCUGCCCCAUGGACAUCACCUACUUCCCCUUUGACUAUCAAAACUGCUCCAUGAAGUUUGGCUCCUGGACUUAUGACAAAGCCAAGAUUGACCUGGUUCUUAUUGGGUCCAAGGUGAACCUGAAAGACUUCUGGGAGAGCGGUGAGUGGGAAAUCAUCGACGCUCCAGGCUACAAGCAUGAUAUCAAGUACAACUGCUGCGAGGAGAUCUACCCCGACAUCACAUACUCCUUCUACAUCCGACGCCUGCCGCUCUUCUACACCAUCAACCUCAUCAUCCCCUGCCUCCUCAUCUCUUUUCUCACAGUGCUGGUUUUCUAUCUCCCAUCUGACUGUGGAGAGAAGGUCACGCUCUGUAUCUCCGUCCUGCUCUCCCUCACUGUGUUCCUGCUCGUUAUCACAGAGACCAUCCCCUCCACGUCGCUGGUCAUCCCUCUCAUUGGCGAGUACCUGCUCUUCACAAUGAUCUUUGUCACGCUCAGCAUCGUCAUCACCGUGUUUGUGUUGAACGUACACUACCGCACGCCGAUGACCCACACCAUGCCGGGCUGGGUGCGCUCUGUGUUUCUCAAAGCGCUGCCAAGGAUUAUGCUGAUGCGGAGACCGACGGAUGAAGACAGCAGGACUGGGGGGUUGGACAGCAGUGGGGAGGCAGGAGGAGCUGGAGGGGGAGGAGGAGGUGGAGGAGGGAAAGGAGGGAAGAAAAGGAAGAAUAGCUUGAUGCAGCAGGUUGGAGGAGGAUCUCUCAACUGUCUGGAGUUUGUAGACAGCAAGAUGUCUUCUCUGGAGGGCUGUCCUGGAAAAAAAUGCCCAUGUCCUUGCCAGCAUGGGAAGGAGACCCCUGAUACACCAAACACGGGGAAGAUGUCACGCCAGCUGAGUCUACAGAGCAUCAACACAGUGGUGGCCUUUUCCAUGGUUUCACCUGAGAUUAAACAGGCGAUCGAGAGCGUCAAGUACAUCGCUGAGAACAUGAGGAGCCGCAACAAGGCCAAAGAGGUGGCAGAUGACUGGAAGUACGUUGCCAUGGUGAUUGAUAGAAUCUUCCUUUGGGUGUUUGUGACUGUGUGCGUCUUAGGAACCGUUGGACUCUUCCUCCAGCCACUUUUUGGCUUUUUCUCAUAACCUUUGCUGCCACCCUGUGUUGACCAAUGCUGAACAAGUGACUAAGCGUCCAUUCAAAACAAGAGUUUUGAGUCCUAAAGCACAAUCUGAUGUGCUGGUUUUGCAGAAUACAGUAACAACAGACACGGGGAGGUUGCUAAACUAUGUGACCGACACAAAAGUUGUAACUUCAUACUUCUUCAGGCUGCUCAUUUUAUGAGAAAAUCGUUGCAGACACUGCACUCUCACACUCACAGAAAGCAAGGGAUAAUAAUACCUGCACAGAAACACCUCAUUUUUUUCCAUUCGUUGUCAGUUUGAACUAGUUUAAGAAAAUAUUCUGAAUUGCAGAUUCUGAGUUUACAACUAUUUGCUUGGAUCAUCAAUUUGCAUUUGGAAUCAGUGAAGAUAAACUUAAUGCAGUUAAAUACUUGAUUAUAAUAUCAUUUUAACUCACCAAAUUGCAUAAAUAUCACUAAAGACACCAUUGCUAUCUGCUUCCCCUUUCAGUCAUGUGGUGUAUAUAUAGUACCAUUGUAAUGCCAUAUUGUACAAUUAUCAAAAACAGAGGGCAGUUACUGCAACCGGGCCAUUAGAGGGGCAAAGUCAUGACGGUACAUCCAGGUAAACUUGUUCCAGUAGCUUCAGUGAGUCAUUCAGCCAUUCUUUCAUUGAUUUGUCUGGAAAAUGCAAUGCUUAUUCUCUCUAAACAAAUUAACUAUUAAUGUGGUUUCUAUGUAACACAAUAAUAGUCAGUAACUUGUCUUUGGAGACAUGUCUAAGCAAUUGGUUUAUGGGAAAGUGUGUUCAUCGAUGGCUGCUAAAAUGUCAGUAAAGGCUGCUAAGACGUUCAAUAAGCAUUUAUAAGCAAGUUUUGCUUUGUUUUGUUUUGUUUUCAAGCCAGUGUAAAAACUAGUACUCACUUUAGUGUUAAUGCAGGCUCUGAUCUGAUUUCUUAUUAUUUUCGAAAGAAAAACCAGGAGUUCCAGUUUUACUUUGACUCUCUUGACUCUCUACUUUGGUUUGUAGCACCAGUUUGUAGCUUUUGCAAGGUGUACAUGCCUUCUCUAUUUCUAUGGCAUAG